GUUCAUGUGUAAUCAUUUCAUCUUCCCUUUUCUCUUGCGAUCAGUUUCACUAUUCAGUUUUAAUGUAAUUUAAAAAAGAAAGGAAUUCCAAGACUGUUCUUCGAAGAUUUCUGAUCUUAUUGCCCUUAUUUUCUCACGAAUUUUAAAUCCAAGAAUUGUCGUCAUAUUUUCAAUAUGUCAAGAAAAUAUGAGACAAAUUUGUCAAGGGAUUUGUUGAAUAGGUGAUUGAUACAUUUAUGACAUGGCAUAUAAAUAAAUGUGAUGUCUAUGAUUGUGAAAAUAAUAAAAUGUAAACAAUGAACAGAAAUAAGUGCUUCGUAUUAUAUUCUUAUGUGUUAAAAUAAUUAAGUUUUGUUCGAGUUAAAAUGUCCAAUUCAGAGGCUGGUGUAGGAUGCAUUAGUGAGGUAACACUUGCGAUUAGCAAAGCAAGAAAAUCUCAGACAGGCACUGUGAGAGUUCUUGAUAGUCCCAACUCUGAUGGAUCUGGUCACUCGAAUACAUUUACUGUGCAACGAUUUAAUUAUACCAAUGAUAACAGUACCAACUCAGGUAUUCUUGAGUCACCCCUUACUAGCGAUGACUUGAGAAUACCUAUUGUUGGUUAUGAGAUCAUGGAGGAGAGAGCUAGAUUUACAGUCUACAAACUUAGAGUUGAAUUGAAAAAUGGUGAUUGUUGGUUUGUAUUUCGAAGGUACACAGACUUUGUUCGACUGUUAGCGCAAUUAAAAAGGCAAAAAGUUCCUAUUGCCCAUUUGGUUUUACCAAGAAAAAAAUGGCUUGGUGAUAAUUUUGCUCCAAGUUUUUUGGAAGAAAGAAUAUGUGGUCUUCAAACAUUUGUUAAUGGUAUAUUGAAUAGUCCACUUCUUAUUGGUGUUUCGUGUGUAAGGGAAUUCUUCUGUUUGGAUGAGCCUCCUGCUUUAUCUGAUACAGCGGAAGAAUCUAGAGCAAUUUUUGAAGCAUUAGAAGAUACAAUAUAUAAUUUGAGACAACAAUUACGAGAACGUGAUGCAGCCCUUGCAUCUGAAAAAGCUCUCUGUAAUGAAUUCCGAAAGAAGCUUCAUCAGAUAUUCAGUGAAAGACAAACCUGUUCAAAAUGUGGUGCAACUCAAUAAUAAUUUUAUAGACUGUACAAAUGUAAGAUCUGCUUGA